AUGGCUCCAAACAACAGACCACAAAAACCUCCAAAGCUACGACAUGCUUGUAAUGAAUGUCAUGCAUCUAAGGUCAGAUGUAGUGGAGAACGUACCGGAUGUCGACGUUGUGUAUAUAACCAACAAAAAUGCACCUAUAGUGUCUCCAUGGUGGGGAAAGUGCAAGGCCAUCGUAGGCGGGCAUCAGUGCUUAAAAAUACAGCAUUGACAGGAACAACCCCUAGAUCCGGCGACCAGUCAUUAAAUAUUCACACUACAGCAGAGAUGGUAUCCGUGGCAAGCGCGGACGUCAUUAAUGAUGAGCCCAACAGCAAUAGCCUGAACAACAAGCAAAACGAUGUACCUAUGGAAACUAGUGAGGGCACAACUUCUUCGCCUGCGCAUUGCAACAUUCUUCCGGGGGAAAACAAGGACAAAGUUACCUCAAGCUCGGCACCAGAGAAUUUCUCGACGAGUUUGGAAAGCAUAGAUGCAUCAUCCCUGGAGACUCCAAUGAUUGAACACGAAUUCUCAUGGGAUUUUAGUUCUGAUGAAAGAGCUGAUGCCCUCAGCUCGCUUGCACCCGAGAACCCCUCGAAUGCAGAUAGCAUGAAGAAUCCGGAAUAUGGAGACUUCGAAUAUGACUUUUCAAUUCAUGAUGUUCAUACGACCACCAGCUCUCAAGAUGCCAGCAGAAGUCCCAAGAGGCAAACUGCUGGUCCAAUACCAAUUUCACCAAUUCCUACAUUUCAUCCUCGGAAAAGGACUCAUUCAGACUCGUCAGAAAAACAAGCUCAACACGCCCAAAAUGAGUUGCGAUGGAGAUCUCAAUCCCAAUCAUAUAUGCGUCCAACAAUUCCAACACAUCAUCAUACUCAUGGUUUCUCCCGUGAGAUGUAUGAGUAUCCGGAGAGUAAUGGUUCCUUCGAUGCAGAUUGUGGUUUUGAUCGAAGUUUUACCUCCCACUCUACCACGAGUCAAACGAAUGUGCAUCACCAAAGCAUGAAUCGAGUGACACAGACUACGCAUAAUAAUAAAAUCUCAUUUACAGCCCAAUCUCAUUAUAUGAACUCUCCUAUACUUUCCUCGGUCACACAAUAUGAAGCUUCAUGGCGCUUCACAUCAAAAUGCUUCGUUAUAAUCAGCAAACUCCAAAAAUUACUUCGAGAUCCAUCUUCUCUAUCCCUCGAUGUAAUCCUUGCCACCAACAAAAGUGCGGUAUCUGAGCUGGCUCAAAUAUUUGACAGCACACUGGCUACAAACACAACAAGAAGUACCAGUCCGGAAGACUUUUUCUCUAUUCACUCUGGGAUUCAACCAGGUAAUAGUUGUAAUUCGUCACCAGUGAUGGAUUUCACCCAUUUAAUGAUUUCUGUGAUCGCGUUAAAACAUAUCCACAAUCUCUACUCGCAAGCCUGCUUCAUAUUUACACAAGACGACCCUCGAAGACGCUCACCCUCCACUCCAUCACCUCGAAACACGCCCUCCAUCUCCAGUUCUCCAUCUCCAAAUCCUUUCGGGCUUCCACAACUCGAUUUUGGCACAUUCAAAAUCGACAUUGCUGAUCAAAGGAGACUAUUUUCAGAGAUCAUAGCAAGGGAGCUUGGAAAUUGCCUGAGUGCUUGUACGAGACUAAGGAGUUGUUUCUUGAUGCAGCCCGGUGAUAUAAGUGCUCCGACAGGGUUGAUGGAAGAGACGUUUUUGGGUAUCGAAGAGGGGUUGCAGACGAUGAUAAAGCAGGUCAAGAUAUGA